CGGAGCGUCGCUAGCAUGUAUCAAAGUCUGAGCGCCGUACACAGCACUGUGUCCAGUCUGACGGAGUGUCAGGCCGACCUCGCCACGGGAAUGGACAUCGUCACCUCCGUGGCCUUAGACUUGCUAGAGGACCAGGAUGGAGGAGGGGGAAACUGUGGCCUCGGCGAGAUGGAGAAUCUCAUGUUGGAAUGUGCCAAGCUGGACCGAGAAAUCGACUGCUUUGUUGACACUGUGCAACGGGUCACAGCGGAGGUGACCGCACAACAACAAGAUGCCUUGUCGAGCAUCUCGUCCAGAGUGAAGGAGCGCUUCGCAGAAACAAUUUGUGGCCUAUCUGACGCAGACCUGCAGACUCACCAGAAAAUAAUUGCAUUUAAGGAAAGCGUCCAGAGCUCGAGCUCUCACAGCCAAGUCAGCCAAGAGUCAAGGAACAUGGAGGAGCUUGAUGAGGACCUGGCUAUAACGCAGACCCAAGUCAACUUCACCUGCCCUCUCACCCAGGAAGACAUGAUCAACCCUGUGAAGAAUAAGAAGUGUAACCAUCACUAUGAGGAGAAACCUAUCAAAAUCCUCAUUGGAACGAGACGGCAGCAAAAGAAAAAGUGCCGUUGUCCUGUGGUGGGUUGUGGAAACAAAAACGUCCAAGAGUCAGACUUGGUUCCUGACCACACGCUGAAGAGACAGAUCACAGAGCAGAAGAGAAAGAACAUCAGCAAGUAAAAAAAAAAAAAGAAA